AUGACGCAGAGUCUUUUGAUUGGAAAUUCUGGUGACCAAAAGGCAGGAGAGGGUACACGAAAGAGGUUGAAGAUAUCGAUUCUUCAUUUCGACAAUCCAGCUCUCAUCAAGAGGUACGCCAAAACUUUGAUUGGGAGGUGUAUGAAUCCAGAAGAGCAGAACAUGAAGGCGUUAUUAGUAAACCUUCCGAAGAUUUGGAGUUUGGAAGAUGGGGCUGUGGGGCACAGAUUUGGGAUGUUAUCUUUGGCGCGUUGGCAACCAAAGCAUGCUCAGCAAUUUCCCUCGGAAAUCAUGCUUUGGGUCAAGGUUAUAGGGGUCCCUUUGGAGUUCAGGACGGCUCCCACCUUUGAGAGUAUUGGUGAUGCUAUUGGAAGGACGGUAGCAGUGGAUGUGGACCAUGCUAGGGUUCAGGUGGUGGUGGAUGCGUUCAAGGAGCUAUGUGUUGAGACAAUAGUGGAUUUCACAGGGGGAGAAUUCUAUGAUGGUGAGGAAGCUCCGGUCUCGCUGAGAUAUGAAAAGCUCUUUGGUUAUUGCAAAACUUGCUAUAGUCUAUGCCACAAGGAGGAGAAGUGCCCCUUAGGCAUGUUGAGUUCAAAUAAGAGUCCAGAGCAAAACCGGGAUACUAGAGAUGGGAUUGGUGGCAAUUUUGAUGGCGGGAAGCAUGAUGAUAGAGCUCGGAGCUAUAGUGGGGUCCUUGUUAAUGGGAAUAUGAGCUAUCAGAACAAGGAAAGGGAUAGCAGGGACUAUUAUGGGAAGGGCAAGGGCAAGAUGUUUGAGGAGCCUGAGUCCAAAUGGGUAAAGGUGGCUGAGCGGGGGAACAAGAGGUCAUACAAUCGAGGUAACUACCGUGGAGCUUCAGAGAACUCUCAUUACAAACAGGGUAGAAGGGAGGAUUUAAGAGUGGAGAGUCAAGAGGGACGUGCUCGAUCAUCUUCAGAACAGAUAAGAGCCCCACAAGAGCUGAAGGAUACGCGUGAGGAGCUACCUAAGCUAUCGUUAUCUCCUUCCAAAGAGUUCAAGGAGGAGCCCGCAAAAACCCAGACGACAGGAACAGAGGUAAUUCUGGAUUCUGCGGAAGAAGAGAUGGGAUUACAAAAGGUCAAGGAUUUAGUAGAGAAUCAGGGGGCAUUAUCAGAUGAAGAUGUGAUGGAAAUGGACGAGAUUAGGGCCGCCUUUCUUGAGCACGGGAUUGAUAUGGAUAAUCCACAGGAUCUCUCUGAGGAGGAACCUGUAGGAGAGGCCAUUCUACAGGAAGAGGGAGAUGAUAUCGCGGAGGAGAAGGAGGAUUGCAUCAGUGUAGAGGAGAAAGAGAUGGUCUUAGGAGAACCGGUAAAGAAACAAGGUCUUCGUAAACGGCAAUUUAAACCAACGAUAAGCACAGCUGGAAGCAACAAGACGAGGAUUUCGAAUGCUCUUGUCUCUCCACGCAAAAGAGGCGUUGCUAAAACUUGGAGUCGAUAUGGCGAAAACUCCAAAACAUUGGAGGGUAAGGGUACUUCAAACCCGACAAAUGGUUUGCAAAAACAUUAA